GGUUUGAGAACCCGCGCGAGGCCUCAGGGGGACGCACUAUAGCCAAUCGGAUCUUCCGAAAGCAGGUACUUUGCGAAGAGCAGCCAAUCAGGUGCCAAAGGAAAAGAAGACUCCUGAGAGAGCGCUCGUUGCCUUUUGCGUAGGGAGACGAUAUAUUCGUCUUCCACCAGCGAUCUUGUGUGAGCGACGUGGUUGAGGGACAGACAGGCAGUUGAUCUGGCCCGGCGGCGAUGGCUCCUCCGCAGCUGAGUAGCGAGACGAGCGUAAAGCAGAAGAGGGAGGUUUGCGAUGGCGGGAGCUGCACCCGCCGCUUCUUCACUUGGGAAGAGGUCGCGCUGCGCACGGGUCGGAUCCCGCCUUACGAGGAGCACUGGCUGGUGAUCGAUAGGAAGGUCUACGAUGUCAGCGGCUUCUACAAGCGGCACCCGGGAGGCGCCCGGGUGAUGAGGCAUUACGCCGGGCAGGACGCCACGGAUGCAUUCACAGCAUUUCACCUUGAUAAAGGCAAAGUGAACAAGUAUUUGAAGCCAUUACUGAUUGGAGAGCUGGCACCAGAUCAACCUAACUCUGAGCCCAACAAAAAUCAAUUGAUCGUAGAGGACUUCCGGAAGCUGCGAUCCACUGUUGAGAAGAUGGGACUCCUGAAGCCCGACAAUUUCUUCUUCUUUCUGGUUUUCCUUCAUAUUGUGCUACUGGACAUUGUUGCCUGGUUGACCAUCUGGUACUUUGGAUCAUCUUUAGUACCGUUCUUCAUAGGUGUUGCAUUAUUUACUACUGCUCAGUGCCAGAUGUCCUGGUUCCAGCAUGACCUAGGACAUCUUUCUGUCUUCAGCAACUCAAAGUGGAAUCAUCGGGUACACACAAUCUUAAUGGGUGCAGUGAAAGGAAUGGCAGCUACAUGGUGGAAUAACCUACAUUUCCAGCACCAUGCCAAGCCAAACUGCUUUCGCAAAGACCCUGACCUCAACAUGCACCCCAUUGUGUUUGCCUUGGGGAAGAAACUAUCUGCAGAGCUUGGGAUGGCGAAAAAGAAGUUCAUGCCUUACAACUAUCAACACAAGUACUUCUUCAUCACAGGUCCAGGUUUGCUGCUGCCUUUCUUCCAGUUCUCUGUAUUCUACUUCCCAAUCAAGCGAAAAGAAUGGCUGGAGCUAGCAUUGAUUGUGACCUACAACAUCAGAGUUUGUCUAAUGUACAUACCUCUUAUGGGAUUUAAGUGUUUUAUGGCAUACUACUGGCUGUCCAGGUUUCUUGAGACUUCUUGGUUUACUUGGGUUUCACAAAUGAACCACAUCCCAAUGCAAAUUGAUUAUGAUAAAAAUGUGGACUGGGUGUCUAUGCAGCUCCACGCAACCUGUAAUGUGGAUCAAUCCUUUUUCAAUGACUGGUUUACCGGCCAUCUGAACUUCCAGAUUGAACACCACCUUUUCCCCACAAUGCCUCGACACAAUUAUUGGAAAGUGGCUCCUCUGGUGAAAUCCCUCUGUGCCAAGCAUGGCAUUGCCUACCAAUGUAAGCCACUGCUGACUGCAUUUGGAGACAUUUUGCACUCUCUGAAGGAUUCAGGAGAAGCCUGGUAUGAUGCAUAUAUGCAUGCAUGAGAAGCUCCUCAAGAAUACAUUACAGAUUGAAGGCAGUUAAUAUGCUGAGGAAGAAUUGGGGGUCUGGAGGGUGAGACAGGCAGGUGUUAGUGAAUUUGGGGCAUUCUGAAGAUCUUAUUUCCUGUUCUACACAAUGUUUCCUUUUGUGCAAGUUCUGUUUGCGUUACGACAUUUGUAGGAUAGGGUCAGUCUAAAUGCAAGAGAGGCAUGAGAAAAAAAGGCACUUCUGUUGUGCUUCAUUUAUGAAGACAUGUCACUUGUUUGUGUAAGACUGAAAUCUGGCUGUCUCUUUUUCCUCCUGAGGGGGAAAGCUUUAGAAAUAAGACAGUUUAAAGCAGAAGAACAGGACUGCUGAAGAAUGAAAAUGAAAAGUAAUAGCAUUUGUGAAAGCGACAGGUAAUUUGGGGGAAUGUUGUUUAAAUGGCUGCUUCAGCUGCAAGAACAGAGAAGUCUUUUCAAGUUUCUGUGACAGUGAGCUUAAGUUAAAGGUUCCAUGUAGAAUUUUUAGCAGCUGAAAAUAACUCAUUGACUUCUAUAUUAUGUUUCCCAUCAUGUGGUGGUGGGGGUGAUAAAUGCCCCUCCUCUCCACCAGGCACUUCAAAAUCACCAGGCACUGCUGCAAAAUCAUACAGAGGGACUGUUCAUGCACUUUCAGCCUUUCCUUGUUAGGAAAGAAACCGCAUGCCAUCUGGUUCAAUGUGGAGGCCUCAGUUUACAUGCAGUUUGAAGUCCACACAAGAAGACAGGCACCUUUUCACUCCACCACAGAGCACUAACUGCUACUCCUAAUGGAGGAUCUAAUUGAUUCUCAUUGAGUGAUAUCUUCUAGCAGCGUGUUGGAAAAGUAUUGUUCCUGUAUGUUUGAAAGCAUUGGUCUUCUGUAGCACAGCCCUCUUUGGUUGUACACUACCUUGUGCACAUAUUGUUAUUUAUUUGUAUGGUUCUUGUUAAUGUAUUUCAUAAACUUCAUUGGCUCAU